AUGGACCCCUGUCCUGCUGCACCUCUUGUCGCGAUUUCGAUGAUAAGAACUCCUCUUAGCAAGGCAGAACCGGCCAACCAGAAAGUGGACUUUACACACGUGGUGAAUUCUAUUCCUUCCACUUGCCGAACUUGUUUGUUUUCAGGGAAAGCGGUUACUAUGGCCAAAGGAUGCUUGGUGUGCGUUAGAGUGCGCCCGGAAUCAGUGCAGGAAAUUAGCAGCGGGGGAAGUAUAUGUGUUUCGACGCAGCAAACCGGUGACGGAUCGAUGACACUCCUUCUAACUGGACUGCGGGAACAACAAUACAGCUUUCGAUACGACUUUGUCUUCGAUCAAGAUGCCACCCAAGAAAACGUUUACUGCUGCACGUGCUUGCCCCUAGUUGACAAGCUGUUGGCAGGAUAUUCCGCCUCAGUCAUUGCAUACGGGCAGACAGGGGCAGGGAAAAGCUACACUAUGGUUGGUGACUGCUCCUCAGAAGACUUCCAUCGAGGUCUGACAGACCCAGCGACCCGCGGAGUCAUUCCUCGGAUCAUCGAGGCGCUCGUACGGAGGACACAGACGCUGUCACGGCAAAACAGCGAUACCGUAUUUUCUAUCCGGGGAUCCCUCAUAGAAAUUUAUAACGAAACCGUCAGGGAUCUUCUCGCUCCUGGAAGAGACCAUCUCGUGAUUCGGGAGUCUACUCCAUCAACUGUAAUAACCGAUGCAACUGAGGUUCCGAUCUCCAGUGUUGCACAAGCGUUGGAAGUGAUAAAGGCCGGCUUCGCUAAUCGGGCACUCGGCACAACGCUGUCUAAUGACAAGUCGUCGAGAAGUCACGCAAUUCUUCAGAUUACUAUCCAAAGAGAUAGCCUUCUGGAGUGCACCACGAAGUCUUCGCAGCUAUUCUUGGUCGAUCUGGCUGGUAGUGAGCGGGUUUCCAAGGCAGACACUACUGGAGAACGACUGAGAGAGGCGCAAAAUAUCAAUCGUUCCUUGUUAGCUCUGGGAAAUGUGAUAAGCGCUGUACCACCAACAGGAGGGCCUAGGAAGCAUAUACCGUACAGAGAGUCAAAGCUAACACGCCUGCUGCAACAUUCUCUUGGAGGAAACUCCUUUACUGUCGUUCUACUAUGCUGCUCGCCCCAUUCCUUCAAUGUCCGGGAGACUCUGAGCACGCUGCGCUUCGGUGAUCGGGCAGCUCAUCUUCAUAACAAACCGCAGUCUACGGAAACACUGAGCCCGGCUUUACUUCAAAAACGUUUAGUGGAAUCCCAAACUGAACUGCGCUUCAGUCAGGCUCGUCUUCGAGCAUGUGUGACGCAAAGCGCACGCCAGAUUGAAGCAAUAAAGAUGCUCCAGAAAUAUAUACCGGAAGGCGUCCAGCUGUCAGACGAAGACAUGACACUUCUCCGAAAGGCUCUCGAAGGCUGCACCCCUCUUGAUUCAGUCUUGGGCUCGCCGGCAUCAGCUGCCUCCCCGAAAAAGCUGCUCGCAAUCCCGAAGAACAAACCAAAGAUGCCACCAGUAAGCCCGUGGAAAGCUGUGACGACAGUCAAUCAGGGGUCACCUCCCACUCCACCACGGAAGUCCGCCGCACAACCCGGAGUCGUGUCGAACCGGCCAACGGAAUCCGCGACAAGUGGCCAAAUGUGGUGCUCUGACAACGCCGGCUCACUCGCGCCAGGCUCUGACAUGCGCCUGACCAGUGAACCGUUUUCCAACACCGCAUUCAACGUUGCUCCAUCUCUUCAAGCCGGACAGCACGUAGCGACAGGGCAGAACUCAGCACCUCCGAAAGAGAAGCAUGUACUCAAAGCCUCAAAGCAACAGCGUCCGCAUUCGUCAGCGACGGGUGUACCAGCCUUGUCUCGACAGCCAUCUCCAGAAGCUGUACCGCAACUCCCACCUAAGCAGAGACCAGCGGAAUCGCCUGCAGACGCUGUUGGCCACAACUCAGACGGAAAAGCGACAAACCAGGACCCAGCCGGCACACCACACAAAACGCCAGAUGCAGAGCGGAUUCGGACCGCAGAAGCAGGUAUGUUUGACCGUGUCCGUGUUGUUCGCUACUCAUUUGUCAGGUGUCGCCGCCUCAAUCCGACCACGGGACCACUUCUCAAAUGUCCACUACUUUGA